AUGGGGAAUAAAUCGCGUAAGGUGACAUUGGUUAAGGCACAGGCCUUCGCUUCUGCCACCUCAACUUACAGAAACGGAAUUCAGGAAGUAGGAAGCAAAAAGGCCGGAGAACAGUCCUUGGUCGACAGCGAAUUGAACAGGAUUCAGACUUUUCUUGGUCCUAUGGUUGUAUGUGAUGGAUAUUCAUCAUUUAACCCAGGAAUAAUUUUUGAGGGGAUAAGAGCUCUUGAAAGCGGAAUUAGGGGCACGGGAUUAGAGUCUUGUAAUUUUCGGAGGCGAGGGGAUGGCCUUCCUAUUUGGGAAGAGCCUAGAGCAGAUAUCGUGAAUGUUGCUGUUGAAAAACAUACUGGAGCAGAACCCGAAACGAAAACGACAAGCGAGUAUAACAAUCACAAAAAAUGCCAGCGCCCUACCAAAUUUUCUUUUGAGGUUGAGAAAAAUACCCUAAACCGCGCAAAAACUAGGGAUUGCACCCUGAAGGAAGUCGAGAAGCUUGUUGAGCUCCUCUUGUGGCAGCUCCGGUAUUGCAGUAUGGACCUGAGAUUCAAGGGUACGAGUUCACUAAUACGGGGUAUCGAACUACUAAUGUUUCUUCCCGGGCUCGAACAUCAGAGGGAAAUCUCCAAGGCUCACGUUCACCAUCUUAAGUGCCUCAGCGGAAGUACUAAAGAGGCACUCAAAGGUGGAUACCUGAAGAGCGUCUCCGGGACAAGUAACGAUACAGUUGAUUCAAGACUUGUGAGUUCAAAGACGGGCUUCUUCAGACGAAUUGGAAGCACCUUUCACUGUGACAUGCACCGGCAACAUGAAGACUCUCUAGACCUUUCGCAACCUAUUGAGCGGCUCACUAGCCGAAGGGCGGUGGAAGCCACUCGAUCAUACCAUAUCCAAUACGAAGCGGGUAUGGAUUCAAUCUGGGCCAGUGAUAGUCAAUUUGUGUGGAAUAUUUGUGAUAUUGAGGUGGUCUUCAGCCCAUUUAAAGAUGCGUUAGGAUCUCAAUUUUCCUAUCUGGAAUGUCUACCAUCAGGAUUUCUAGAGAGACACAGUAGCAAAGCCUCCGUUGCCGAGUUUAUGUACAGUCAUGUGUUUGUGGUUCAGUACAUCACUCAGGUUAACAGGAUGGAACUCGCCCUGACCGUGCAUAUUCACGUCCUCAGUGCGGACCAAAUCUGGGUUGCGAAUUUCCAAUUGGAGGCAUGUGGUAGUGGCAGCGGCGGCAAAUUGGUGGUAUCUUCUGAGAGUCUUGAGUAUAUGGCCGCCACUGUCGAGAGAAUGAAAUCUGUGCAAGAAGCUGAGAUAAUCAGUUUAGUGAAGUCAAGAAGGGCGGGAAGACCAAGUGGAAUGUGUUACGGAAAUCGGGCGGCUCCUAGCGAAUGCGUCGUACAUUGUUCAGCAACGCUCUCGAAUGUUCAGUGA